AGAGUGUGUGUAUGUAUGUGUGUGUGUCCGUGCGGACGCCCCGGCCCCCUCCCCGCCCCGCCGCAUUGUGGAGGGAGGGACCGGACCGCGGCCGCCUCCGCCGCCGUGCGGGGCCGGGCGCCGUCCGUGGUGCUGAUCCAGCGGGGCCGGGCGCUGUCCGAGGUGCUGAUCCAGCGGGGCCGGGCGCUGUCCGAGGUGCUGAUCCAACGGGGCCGGGCGCUGUCCGAGGUGCUGAUCCCAGAGGCGCCGGGAGCCGUCCAAGGUGCUGAGCCGUGCCGCCCGGGCGGCACCAUGGUGUUCGCUCCAGGUGAGAAGCCAGGAACAGAGCAAGAUGAAAUUAAGCUGCAGAUUGCCAGCAAGCAGAUUGUGCAGACUGCUAUCCUUCGAGCAGUGCAACAGGUUUCCCAGGAGAGCCAGCAAAAGGAGAAGCGAACAAACACCGGUACAAGCCUCCAACUAGAAAGAGGAAAAUUAACCAAGAAGCAUGAAAAGAAGUAAAGGAGCAGAUUGGGGUUUUCCAACUCCAGUCUGCAAGUGUUUUCAGCCUUCUCUUUAAUCUCAACUGUAUUGGUAGUGCAAUGCUACUUCUGUAAAGCAAACCAAAGUAUUAUCACACCUAGACAUAGGGUAAAACUGCAAUAGUCCUCAUCUGAGAAAUAUUAAGUGCAUUAGAUGAAUGACUCCAUAUUUAUGCAGUGCCUCUUAACAGAAACAAUAACCAUAGCUGUAAAAGUAGUUUCAAGCACAAGCUCUUACGAUACGAGCUUAUUCUCAAAAGCAGCUUGUUGCCAGUGCACUCUCAUGCCAAGUUCUGCGUGCAACAUUUGCGUCAGUUCAACUGGACAGACUCCUCUGCGUUACUGGGUUCACUGAAGCUGUCUUCACUGAAGAAAUAAUUUAUUGUCAGGUGUAGCAGAAUGCUUUCAAGCUCCCUUGAAACACGGGUUUGUACUUUUGCUUCUUUUGCUUUGAUUAGACAUGAACUAUGUGCUAUGGCAGUAUAAAGUGGAUUUGGUAAGUUCUGUGAACCAGUUUAUUUUUUCAUCUUGGGGAAAAAAAAAAUACAAUCCAGUAAGACUGCAGUGACUGUGAUCUAUGACUAUGAUCAUAUAUCUAUGAUCUAUGUCUUUUUUUAAAAGAAGUUAAACACUGAAGUUUUAGUCUACUUAUUGAAAUACUUCUAAACUUCUGCAUAAAAUUCACUUGUGCCUCAACUAUUCCUUUUAAUUUUCUUGAUAUUGAAAGAAAAGGAACUGAUGUGAUGAUAAGGAGUUGGCCAGCAUUUGCUCCAGUUUUGCAACGUUGCUGGGUCUUGAUUUAAAGAAAGUGAGCACUGAAGUGUCUUUUUAAAAGGGGGGUCAAUAUAUUAAUGUCUUUAAGGAUGAAAAUAUACAGUAUCUGAAUUCUGUCAUGGUAGGUAUUUCUCACCUGCUGGGUGUAAAGUGACUUUAGAUAUUUGCCGUUGUUACAUAGAUUCAGCUUAAAUAGCACUGCGUGAAGCUGCUAAUACAGAGCUUAUCCUUUCAACUGCUCUAUUUAGCUGAAGAAAUCCAUGAUGUUUCUGAAAAUACAAAUUAAAUAAAUGUACUCUUCACUUUUAUGCUCCCUUUCUCUAAUGAUGAUUGCACAAUUAUACAUCUGAAAUGAAUAACAGCAUAUUUAAUUCUAGAAAUGGCUUGUAGCUCUGCUUCAAAUGAAUUCCUGUAGUAAUAAAACUGAAAGAGACAAAGAUUCCCUGCAAAACUUUCUCAACGGCUUUUCGACUCAGCUAUAUGAUCCUCAAAGACACUGUGGGCAAAAUAAUUGGCUAUUACUUACUGUGCCCUGUUACUUGUGUUAACCAAUUUUGGGAUUCCUUCUCCUGGACAGAGGCUUAGUCAUGAAUAACCACAUAAUGUAACAGUAAGUCUUUAUAAUCUACUUGGUUUCUUUUCUUUUUUUUUUUUUUUUAAAUUUAAAUUUAACAGCACUGACUCAUACAAGAUAGUGUUUUAGCUCAGUCUUCUUUCUCUUAAAAAUGCAAAGGAGAAUUCAAUGUGAUUGAAAGUGUUCCAAGUCAUCUAGUAAUGAAAAGUUACCUGUAUUGCAAGUACACCAGUGAUUCACUUCUGUAGACACUGGGUGAAUUUUUACAGUCAAGCAAACUUUGAAAGGUGAAAGUAGUUGGGUCUUGAGGUAUGUAUGUGCUAUUGUAAUAGUAAAUAUUUUACAAUUAGCUUUUUCACCAGUUCAUCUUUGUUUGGGAGGUAACUCUUUUCUAAACACUCUGCAUUUUUGCUCUCUGGGAGCCUAAGAAAACUGAUCAUGAAUAAAGGCUCAGUUCUAAGGCUGAUGAGCAGACAAGUCUGGUGGAUGAGAGAGAGCAAACCUUUUGGAGAGACUCUGUGGUGCAAAACAGUGUUUGCCAUGGAUUCACAAUGCUGCAGGAAGGAGAGAUAUAGAACAUUUCCACGACUGAAAUUAUUUUACUUUUUAAUGCUUUUUGCUCCCAGACAUUUGAAAUAUGUUUGAGUUUGGGUUUUUUUGUUUUGGUUGGGUUGGGUUUUUUGUUGUUGAAUUUUGUUGUUUUUUGUUUUGUUUUGUUUUGUUGGGGUCUUUUUUUGCUACUGAUAAUUAUGUUAAUAACCUUCAUGUAGUUUUGAAACUGUUUCUUUGUAUACCUUUUUUUUUGUUUUUAAAUUAAUAAUUUUAGCAAAAGAAGAAUUUUGAAAAACAGUGAAUCUGGGCUUUUGUCACUGCUUCAUAUUCACUCCUGCUCCCACUAUGCACUUCUACAAUGUCCCUUUACUGUUCCUUUUCUCCUGUCCUAGUCCUAUUAGGCACACUAUUUAUCACUCAACUUUUUAAUAGGCAUGUCCAUCAUUGUCAGAAUACCAAUGUCAUUGGAAGACUAAUUUCUUGGAAAAUCAAAAAAUGGUUGGAAGCCUUGAUUUGUUAUGUGCUUAUUAGACAAUCUCAUGAAGUAAAAUGUGCCCAUGAGGUUUGUAGUCAUGAAUGCAUUAUUCAGCACAAAAAAUAUAAUAUCUUAGAAAUAUAAGGUAAUCAAAAAGGUAUCUAUAAGUAUUUAAAACAACUCACCACUUUUUAGCACUUAUAGUGGUAGGCAAAAUGUUGUACAAAUAUGGGAAAUUAUAUUUAUCACACCCCCAGAAGAACAGAAGAAUCGUGUGUGUGUGGCUGUCCAGUACUAUGCUUGCUAUGCUGUCAUUCAGGUUGAUUAUAACUAUUUGAUUGCCAUAUUGCACUCCUCUUUGUAAGGUUAAUAAAGCAGCAAUGCCUACAUGGAGAUUCACAUGACCACGGCAGGAUGUUGUAACAGAUUACUAAAUGCCACUGUACAUCAAGUUUUUGGUCUUGUGUGGUUACACUGGAAAUCCCUGCUCUAAAAAAUAAAAACCAACAACUGUGACUUGGAAACAGCCAUAUUAAUUUUAUCAUUUCAGAAAAAUAAAAGCAUUCUGUGAUAAUGA